CUUGGAAAAGCGUCUUCACUCAAUCCUACUUUCAAAUCAACUUCGAAAAUUUCGAGAUAUGGCACCAGUCUUCGAAAACAAAGAGAUACUCGUGGUUUUUGUAUUGGGGGGACCCGGUGCGGGGAAAGGUACCCAAUGCACUAGGCUUGUGGCCGAAUACGGCUUCACUCAUCUUUCCGCUGGGGAUUUACUACGAAUCGAGCAGCAGCGAGACGGGUCUGAAUACGCACCGGUCAUUCAAGAGCAUAUCAAGGAGGGGAAAAUCGUACCGAUGGAAAUCAUCUUGAAGUUGAUGCAAGAAUCCAUGGGACGUUCCAUCGAGGACGGCCAUACCAAAUUCCUGAUCGAUGGCUUCCCUAGGGAGAUGGAACAGGCUAUCAAAUUUGAUGCUGAGAUCUGCGAGUCUGCUCUGGUCCUCUUCUUGACCUGUCCUGAGGAAAAACUUCUUCCCAGACUGAUCGAAAGAGGCAAAACAAGCGGCCGGGAAGACGAUAACGAAGAAAGCAUCAAGAAGCGGUUCCGAACGUUUGUGGAGACAUCAAUGCCGGUAAUUGAUUAUUAUUCAUCGAAAGGGAAAGUCGUUCAGAUUGACUCUUCGGGCACAGUGGACGAAAUCUACAAGGAUAUCCAGGCGGCCUUGGAUGCACAACUCGCCAGUCACACCUCCUUUCCGGAACCUUCUGAACCUUCAACAUCAUCAUCCACUUCAGCAGCUGCGUCCUCUGUUGCAGGUGAAGUGUCUGUCCCUGCAACCAGAAACAUAAAGCCCAUGGUUCCUGGUGAAACACCCAAACCAAGAAACUUGUAUUGAUUGUCCAUGUAUAUACAUACUUACCCUAGAGUCCCAAGUUGAAACCUCUGGAAGGUACCCUGAAUUUUGUAGGAACUCAUUAUUUCAAGAAAGUUUUGUAGCGCUUGAAUAUGGCAGAAGGCAGCAUGAAUUUUAAGAACCUUGCAGAAAACUCC